AUGGCAAGCUUAACAAACCUCCCCAACGUCCAACUCCUUGCACUCGACGUAACCUCUUCAUCGAGCAUCGAGGCUGUUGUCGAAGCAGUGAAGAACGAGACUGGAGGAAGUCUCGAUUGCCUUUGUAACAACGCCGGCGCAUUAAUGAUGAUGCCAGUGUUGAACACUGAUGAAGAAGAGGCUAGAAAAAUGUUUAAUGUUAACCUCUGGGGCCCUUGGGCGAUGAUAAAGGCAUUUUCUCCUCUUAUUAUUAAGGCAAAGGGAACUAUUGCCAAUACUGGCUCUAUAGCGGGCUACUUGAAUGUCCCUUUCGGAGGAGCGUAUGCCGCAUCGAAAUCAGCCGUAAUGAUUCUGAGCGAGACGCUACGCCUCGAAAUGGCUUCAUUUGGCGUCAAAGUACUCACAGUUGUCACGGGAGUCGUUAACAGCAACCUUGGAUCAGAAAACACUGGGUUUCAGCUACCUUCGACUUCUCUUUACAAGGGCGCAGAGGAAGCUAUCAGAGAACGUGCCCUAGGCGGCGGCGGUGCGAAAAUGAGCACCGAAGAGUAUUGCGAGAAAUACGUCAAGGCAGUGGAGAGGGAAUCGAGCGGCCAGGUUUGGAUUGGCAACAGCACGACGGCAGUGAAAUGGGGCAAAUACCUUCCUGCAAAUGUUAUAGAUUCAUUGGUUUCUCAAGGAACAGGGCUAGACCAAGUUUAA